AAGCCAUUAGUAAGAAUAUUGUUAAUAAUUCGUGAUAUUUUUUCCACGUUUCGGUAUUUCAUAUUAUUAUAUUAUUUUGUGUAAUAUGAUUAUUUUAAGUAAAAUAAGACGAUAAAAUAGAACGAUUAAAUAGGACAAAUUGUUUGUAGAACAAUUGAAUACAAUUAUUUGUGAUUUUGUAUAUCACCUAAUUACUACGUCGGUUUAUAAUCAUAUUUUUCACUUUAUAUUUGGGACAUAAAAUUUGUAUAUCUUCGGAGAGAUGGCUACAAAUAAUUUGAGAGAUUUUACUAUGCAAAAUAAUAUUUAUAAAGAAAAAAUGUCGCCUUAUGUAACUAACAAUAAGUAUAACAGUCUUGCAGAAUUAAUAUGGGUUAAAAUGAAGAACAAUGGAAAUCAAAUUGCACAUUUAGAUGCAUGCACUGAGAAAGUAGUUACGUAUACGGAAUUACAAGACAAAGUUGUAAGGUGCGCGUUGUGGCUACGAAAACAAGGAAUCAAACCCGGUGAUGUUGUCAGUGUGUGUACACAUAGUCAUCUCAAUUCUAUUGUGCCCUGCUUGGCAGCAAUUUAUAUCAAUGCUAUCUUUAAUCCGUGGGAUGAUAGUAUGGACCUGCAAACAGCAUUGCAUUUCAUGCAACUGACUACUCCGAAAGUGAUUUUCUGUAACGAAAAAGUCGUGAACGUUAUUUUAAAAGCGACAAAAGAGAACUGCUUCAAUCCCAAUAUUGUGGUUUUUGGCGAUCAUCCAGACGCAAUUGCAUUUUCUGACAUUUUAAGCAUGUACAGCGAUGCGGAAGCAGCAAAUUUUCAAUUUUUCGAGCCUGAUAACAUCAAGCAAACAGUAUGCAUUAUACAUACCUCAGGCUCCACUGGAAUGCCGAAAGGCGUCGAACUGUCCAAUUACGCUCUCUUAAUCACCAGCGAGAAUAGAAUCAUGAAUGUGACCAAUACGGUUUGGUUGUGGUUUAUAUCACUCCAUUUUAUCGGCGGAAUAGUGAUGAACCUAAAAUCGAUUGUACAAGGCGUCAAAGUGAUCAUUUACCCAGAAUUCGAGGAAGAGAUGACGUGUAAACUAAUCAAAAAAUACGAGGUAGAGAUACUUUAUAUAACCGUAAGCAUGCUUAAUCGAUUUCUUAAAGCGGAUUAUAUAAGAAACUAUCCAUUGUCAUCUUUGGAAGUCAUAAUAAAUUCAGGUGCGAUACUUCAGCCACAAGUACACGAAAAACUGAGACGUACCUUACCAAAUGUUCUGAUAUUACAAAGUUAUGGAAUGACAGAAAUAUGUGGAUCCGGUACAUUGCAACUUCCAAAUCACAAGGCCGGAUCUUGCGGGACUGUAAUCGGAUAUGUGGAAAUGAAGAUUGUAGACCCUGAAGACGGAAAAGUUCUUAGUCCAAAUAAUCAGGGAGAAUUGUGGAUAAAGACACCGACCAUGAUGACUUGCUACUACAAAAAUCCUAAAGCAACUAAAACCAUUAUUGACGAGAAAGGAUGGCUGCAUUCUAGUGACAUUGGUUACUUCGACGAAGACGGAGAACUUUUUAUUGUUGAUAGAAUGGGCGAAUUUAUAAAGUAUAAAGGGUAUCAAAUUUCACCUGGAGAAAUUGAAGGUAUUUUAGUAACACAUCCAGCAGUGAUAGAAGCUGCAGUAGUAGGAGUACCUCAUCCAGUAGAUGGUGAACAUCCUGUUGGUUUUGUUACAAAAAUACCUGAUAAAAAGGUAACAGCGCAAGAAUUAAUAGAGUUUGUGUUGAAUAACAUAAAAGAUCAAUAUAAGCUUCUAGCUGAAGUAAUAUUUCUGGAUGCUUUUCCAUAUAUUGGUUUAAAAAUUGCCAAGACAGAAUUAAAAAAGAAAGCUAGAAAUCUGGCAAUUGAAUACAAAAAUUAAUUAUAUCUAAUUACUGGUUAUUGUACUUAAUUAUAGAGGGCGAGGAACAAUUCUUCUUUUAAUAAAAUAUACUUUUAUUAUACGUCACGAUAAUACGUGUUACAAAGCGAAUGAAAGAUAUAGAAGUAAGUACGAAAAAGAAAGAAAUCCCUAGAUGCGCACGCAAUACAUAAAAUAAGGUAGUUGGAAUGAAAAUUACUCUUUUAACAACAAUAAAUUAUAUUAGUAAUUAUUACAAUUAUCAUUUUUUGUCUUUUCUGGACAAUAGUGAAUUUAUAAA